GCUCGACUAGGCUAGUGUUGCAUACUUGCAUCAACUACUGUUAUUUAGAAAGAAAAAGAAAAUCAACAAAACAAACAAGUGGCGCAGCGUAGGCUGUUGCUGGCUUGCCACAACUCCAAAUGCCAGCCACGAAAAUCCUCGGCUAUCUAUUGAGUGAUGAAAUCCCCUUUCCGACAGAAAUUUCAUUCACUGAGAGCCGUUUGAAGGAUUAGAAGAGGAAACUAGCGGUUUUCAUGGUGGGUUCGAUGUCUUCUUCUGGAGAUAUAUCGCUGACCAUUCGGUCGGAACUAUUCCACUCCAGAGCUAGCCGGUUAGACUCCCCGACGAGGCUGAGUACUACCACUACCAGAAGCAGAUGCGAUAUUAGCAGAAGAGGGUUUGCGAUGAAAGGAAUUGUGGCUUCAGGGGUUUCAUCUAUGGGGUCAUCUGCCCUGGCUACUGAGCCUAAGCAAGGAGUUGAAAGAUUGCCGUUCAAGCCAGAAGGCUAUAAUUAUUGGUCAUGGAGAGGUCAUAAAAUACAUUAUGUAGUUGAAGGAGAAGGUCUUCCUAUUGUUCUAAUACAUGGAUUCGGUGCUUCUGCUUUCCAUUGGAGAUAUAACAUACCCGAGUUGGCCAAAAUGCACAAGGUUUAUGCUAUAGAUUUGCUAGGUUUCGGAUGGAGUGACAAAGCACUUGUUGACUAUGACGCUAUGGUAUGGAGGGAUCAAAUUGUGGAUUUCAUGAAGCAGAUAGUGAAGGAGCCGGCAGUUUUAGUCGGGAACAGCCUUGGUGGAUUCACUGCUUUGGUUUCCGCAGUGGGGUUGCCUGAGCAAGUAGUUGGGCUUGUACUGCUAAACUCAGCUGGACAGUUUGGAAAUCCGAAUGCAGAAGCCAAUAAGACUGAAGAGUCUGUUCUGCAGAAGUAUGUUUCCAAGCCAGUGAAGGAUAUUUUCCAACGUGUAGUACUCGGUUUUUUGUUCUGGCAAGCAAAGCAACCAGCUCGUGUUGAAUCUGUCUUAAAAAGUGUUUAUAUAAACAAAUCCAAUGUGGACGACUAUCUUGUUGAAUCUAUCACUCGGCCAACUGCUGAUCCAAAUGCUGGAGAAGUUUAUUACAGAUUAAUGACGCGAUUCAUGUUGAAUCAAAGCAGCUACACUUUAGACAGUGCUUUGAGUAACCUCAAAUGUCCCCUUCUACUGCUGUGGGGCGAGUUGGAUCCAUGGGUGGGCCCUGCCAAGGCUAAUAGAAUCAAGGAGUUCUAUCCAAACACAACACUUGUGAACUUGCAGGCUGGCCAUUGUCCGCACGACGAAGUCCCGGAGCUUUUUAAUCAAGCUUUGAUCGAAUGGUUAUCUUCUCUAUAAGACCAUAACCGUUUCCACCAGCACUGUAAAGUCUUCUGAUAACUUUUGCAGCUUUAUACUAUAGUUUGUAUAUUCCAUUUUCUCAACAUUGUUCAUUUGCUUGUUUCGAAGUGAAAGCUGAUAAAACAUUGCUUUGUAAUUCUUAUCGUCUAUCAAUCUAUACUCGCUAAGCUUAGUAAAAAAACCACAGAAGGAUAUGGCAAAUCUUGU